UCAUAAUUAUAUAUAUAAUAUAAUAGAUUAUUAUUCUUCUAAAAACUAAUAUUUGACAAAGAUAUUAUUCCCUACUCUUUACAAAAUAUUUUAUGUAAUAUUAAGAUAUAUAAAUCUUGAUUCUUACAUAUAUAAAAAGUUUACAACCGCUUUUACAUGAAUUUACAUUGUCCCAGAAAGGGUCAAAGAAGCCUUUGAAAUGCGACUUUACAUCUAAUCGAAUUAACUCUGUCGUACAUGCCGUGUCGUUUCCUCCAUUCGUAAUCAUUAAAACGUGAACUCUCGUGACGGUCGUUGCGUGAAUUUUAUUUGUCACUAAAGUUAUAUGCAAAUCAUGGAGGUGUUGAUAGAUUGUUAUUUCGACCGACUGUUUUCAGAAAUGGAACGCAGUUGUUUAGCUUCGCGAUACAAACGUCGCGAGUUGGUCAGUUAUUUCACAGAUGUAAUAAACAGUUGUGCAGAAGCGGAGAACCUCGACAAACAGGACGUGUGCGAGAGGAUCGUCAUCUCGGCUCUGCGUUAUCACAAUAUCACGAUGAUGGAGAACGGGUCGGUCUGCCUGCUCGGCAAAUUUCACAAUGUUCUCUAUGUGGCGGCGAAGCUUUGCUACGAUUGGGACAUCGACAACAACGAGAUCGUCAGCCGGCUGUUGAACGACAUAUUCUACUGUGAAAAGACAUUCGAACGAUUGUUCGUCGGAGCGAUUUUCGGCACGCGUGUAACACACUUCCUGUCCGGUUGGAAGUGCGAUUUCGACGAUCGCGAAGACAAUAUCCGGGCUUUGGUGUACUUCUCGAAUCACGCGAUUAAUGGCCGGUUAGAAUAUCGUUGCGAGUCCUCGCUGAUAAAGAGACGCUUCAUUGACGUGCCUAUGGAAUCAUACGGACAGGUUUUGCCUCUGAGAGUUGCGAUUCAGCACGGCGCGCCGGAUAUCCUAUUGAUCAUGUUGCGCUACGGCGCCUCGGUCGAGUCUGACAAACUUGCCCCGUCACCAAUGGAAAUCAUUCUGACGAAGCUCAGCGAAUUCGAGGUGCAACCUGGUAAGAAGGAGAUCGUUUACCCGGAACACUUAGUGACAUGUCUGAAACUGCUACUGCGAACCGUGACGACCGCCUGCGUCAGGACUCCCGAUCACAUUGCCAAUCACUUCGGUAUUCUCAGUGUUUCCUUGUACGAGCAGUAUCCAAAUCUGGCGAAUCAAAAUCUGAUACCUCCGGAACGUAGCGGAGUCUGUCCGGCAGAACUCAAGCAUUUGUGCCGUUGCCGAAUCCGCGAAAUUCUCCACACGAAUUGGGCGUUGCCUCGUGGAAUUAAAAGUCUGCAGAUUCCAGGGUCUCUGAGAAAUUAUCUGGACCUAUUGCAGGAUUGACGGAGAAUACCGUACGUAGUCACGCGAUGCUCGCGUUCGGAAUCGAUCGUUCCUUUCCGCCCCAACAUGGAAUCUCAGAAAUAUUUUAUCACACGUCUCCGUAUGCAGUUAUGUCCUAGAAUUUCACUGCGACUCAAUAUGAUCGCGCAUUCACCCGGAAUCCAAUAAAUGCGCGCGUCGACGUCUUUCAAAGUGUCGUGUAAGUGUGAAUCGUAAUUCCUACUGCAUCAAUCUGGGGUUGAAGUUCGAUCAAAUAUAUAUAUAUACAUAUAUAGAAAGAACGGAGCAAAGCAAUAAAGCGCAGACUUUGACAAAUAUGAAUUCUAUAUCCAAACGUCAGACUUUACGUGGAAUUUUUGAUAUAUGCGAACGAGCUCGUACAACGGCGUAUAGCAUAAACCAUUCAAGUAGGUUUAAGACCCAAGGUUUGAGAAAAUGUCAAGUUUAAAAGGUCGACGAUGAUAGCGUCUCAUAAUGGCAAUGCAUUUAAUGCAUCUUGGGAAUUAGAGAAACGUUUUGUGAGGGAUGCUUGUUUGCCUGUGAUGUGAAUACCAGAAACGUUCGAGAAUUGCGGAAAGUAUGUCGUGAGACGAUGCGAAAUGUACACGUUAGGGAAAUUGAAGUUGCGAUCCAUUAGCAACUUUCUUUAAAUUAAAGAAGCGAAAGUAAGGUAAAAGGUGCAUAAUUAUAAAAAUGAGGGACUGAUAAUGAAAACAUAUUUCUAUAUGUAUAUUCAAUACUAUAAAAAAGAAUCACCUGUGUACAUAUAUAUAUAUAUAUAUAU